GAGUGCAAAGUUUUCUUGAACAGCAUUUCUCUGUUAUUAAUCCCAGAGUGCUCUUCUUUCUCUCUCUUCAAAUUUCGGUUCAAACACGACGAAUUCCAAUUUCUAGGGUUUCUAAUCACAUUCUGCAAACAUGGUGUUAGCACAAUUAGGGGGGAGCAUAUCCCGUGCUCUCCAGCAGAUGAGCAAUGCCACAAUCAUCGAUGAGAAAGUUCUCAAUGAAUGCCUCAAUGAGAUCACUCGCGCCCUUUUGCAAUCCGAUGUUCAAUUCAAGCUUGUCAGAGAUAUGACCACCAAUAUUAAGAAGAUUGUAAAUCUUGAUGAUCUUGCUGCGGGUCAUAACAAGCGUAGGAUCAUUCAACAGGCUGUAUUUAAUGAGCUCUGCAAAAUUUUGGAUCCCGGGAAGCCAGCUUAUGCUCCAAAGAAAGGAAAACCAAGUAUCGUCAUGUUUGUUGGUCUACAAGGGUCCGGGAAGACAACUACCUGUACAAAGUACGCGUAUUAUCAUCAGAAAAAAGGUUGGAAACCAGCUCUGGUUUGUGCUGAUACUUUUAGAGCUGGUGCUUUUGAUCAGUUGAAGCAAAAUGCUACCAAAGCUAAGAUUCCCUUCUAUGGAAGUUACAUGGAGUCAGAUCCAGUGAAAAUUGCUGUUGAAGGUGUGGAAAGAUUCAAAAAGGAAUCCUGUGAUCUCAUUAUUGUUGAUACUAGUGGACGCCACAAACAAGAGGCUGCUCUCUUUGAAGAAAUGCGCCAAGUUGCUGAGGCAACGAAACCAGAUCUGGUCAUAUUUGUCAUGGAUAGUAGCAUCGGUCAAGCUGCAUUUGAUCAAGCUCAAGCUUUCAAGCAAAGUGUUGCUGUUGGUGCCGUGAUUAUUACUAAAAUGGAUGGUCAUGCAAAGGGAGGUGGUGCUCUUAGUGCUGUGGCUGCAACCAAGAGUCCUGUGAUAUUCAUCGGAACAGGAGAGCACAUGGAUGAGUUUGAGAUUUUUGAUGUCAAGCCGUUUGUUAGCCGCCUUUUGGGUAUGGGUGACUGGUCAGGGUUCAUGGAUAAGAUUCAUGAAGUGGUUCCCAUGGAUCAGCAGCCUGAACUAUUGCAGAAGUUAUCUGAGGGGAAUUUUACUCUCAGAAUCAUGUACGAGCAGUUUCAGCAUAUCAUGAAGAUGGGUCCUAUUAGUCAGGUUUUCUCAAUGCUUCCUGGGUUCGGUGCUGAGCUGAUGCCCCAAGGUCAAGAAAAGGAGAGCCAGGCAAAGAUCAAGCGCUAUAUGACCAUGAUGGAUUCAAUGACAAAUGAUGAGUUGGAUAGUUCAAACCCAAAACUUAUGACUGAUUCCCGAAUUAUGCGGAUUGCUCGUGGAGCGGGUCGUCAAGUUAGGGAAGUGAUGGACAUGUUGGAGGAAUACAAACGCCUUGCAAAGAUCUGGAGCAAGAUGAAGGGACUUAAGAUUCCAAAGAAGGGAGAAAUGAGCGCCUUGUCACGUAACAUGAAUGCACAACAUAUGAGCAAGGUUCUUCCUCCACAGAUGUUGAAGCAGAUAGGGGGUAUGGGUGGUUUGCAAACCCUAAUGAAACAAAUGGGAAAUAUGGGUAAUAUGGGUUCUGCUAAAGAUAUGAUGGGUAUGUUUGGUGGGGGAGACAAGUAAAACUUGUUGUUCGGGAUUACGGUCUACUCUAAUUACCAUCUGCUGGCAUAGCAUGAGUUAUUUUGCUAUAUUUCUGGAGUUAAACAUGCCUUUCCAGCUAUUUCUUGCCAGAAUUCAUCUGGAUCCAUAUUGAAGAUGCAUAUUGUGUGAGUUCUUGGUCUCAGAAAAGUACAGUAAUAGUUUUGUAUUAUUGGUUUGCUUUACCAGUAAACUAACAGUUAUUUUAGCUAUCUCAAGCUGUUAAUACACUAUAAAGUUGUAAGCAGUUCAUAUCUUUGUGUAAUUUGUGUAGUUUUACUAAUUUCAUUAAAUUUAAUGGCAAUCUCAGUUCACAUUUGCACCA